AUGGUCUUCGUCUCUCUCAUGAAAUGGUUCCGCUCCAAGCUUGGAUCCAAAAGCUCUGAGGACAGAGCAGAAGUCCCUUCAAGCAACGAACCAAAUGCUGAAGGUGGCGGUUAUGAAGCUGCAAAAGAACCAGGAAGCAGCACCAGCCUUAGAGCUGCUAUUCGAAAAUCCAAGGCUUCGUCCAAUCGGUCAAGGCUUCUUUCCGAUAUGGAUGUUGCUUUCGGCACCCGUUUGGGCGUUUCUCGUUUCUAUAACCAAUACCUACUUCUCCAGAAACCACCAAUGCACUUCUUCAAAGCCGCCGCGUGGCUUCCGCUUCUAGCAGGCGCCUUGUCAUACUCCAUCAAGUCGGGCCUGGUUUCCGUGAACGGCAAUAAGGCCUUUGACAUUGAGCCCAAAUCCGACACCGUCCAUAGAGUUACCCUCGAUUCUGUCAGAGACAAGUUGGCACUCACUGUCGAGCUCAAGGGUGCUGAAACCCAGCCUCACCAGUUGAACUACGUCUUCUCCAACGAUGCCGGUUUGGACCACGCCAUUUUCCCCAAAUUCGAUGCUAAGAAACACACCGUGUCGCUGCUGCUUCUCGUGAACAAGAUCCCAGCUGCUUUGCUCCAGGACCGUGUUUUCGUCUACCUUGUUGCUGCUAGCGAGCAGAAGAAGGGCAACUUGUACACUUUGAUCGGUGAGCUCAUCCCCACUGAGGCCUUGCAGUCAUCUGUCAACUACGAGGCUCCAGAGAGACUCGGAGCCCAGCCUGAGAUCCACCACAUUUUCAACGAGGACCCCAAGACCGUCAACCCUGUUGUGCCUCUUGCGUUCAGCGGUGUGGCAAUUGCUCUUUUCCUCGGCUUGGUGGGCGCCUGGUUCUCCGUUGUGGGCAACUCGUUGUUUGUGGCUAACCAGGGUAUUCCAUUCAAGGGCGGGUUCCUUACUACACUUGCCCUUUUCGAAUUCACCUUCUUCCGCUACUACUUGUCUGCGUCGAUCUUCACCACGAUCUUCUCUGUGGCGGCCCUCACUGCUCCUGCUCUUAUCUUUGGUGCCAGAGCCUUGAAGUCCUUAACCAAGCAGCGUACCAUUGUCGAGGCAUCCACAUAA